AUGGGUUAUGCACCUCAAGUGGGCUUGGGCGAGGAGGCCAAAAAGCUCUUUUAUGAGGAUUUGGAUGAGGCAGUUAGAGGUAUACCGAUCACCGAGAAAAUUGUCAUUGGUGGAGAUUUUAAUGGCCAUAUCGGGGCAACUUCUAAUGGCUUUGAUGAUGUUCAUGGAGGCUUUGGUUUUGGGGAGAGAAAUGGGGGCGGUUCUUCGCUUCUGGAUUUUGCUAAGGCUUUCGAGUUGGUGAUUGCCAAUUCAUGCUUCCCGAAGAAGGAGAACCACUUGGUUACCUUUCGUAGCUCGGUAGCGAAGACUCAGAUAGAUUACCUACUCCUUAGGAAGGGUGAUAGAGGCCUCGUUAAGGACUGCAAGGAGGAAGAAGAUUGUAGCUGA